GUUGAUGAUCUUACAGCAAAACUGUAAACUGUGUCUUCAAAAAACCAGGUUCUUAUUCAGAAAUUAUCAUCCAUGAAAGAAAUACAGACGAAAUGUGAAAAGCUAGAGAAGAAUAAAAAGAAGUUGGAACAACAAGUAGUAAACCUCAGAAGUUGUGUAGAAGUCAAUAUGACACAAGUAGCAUUUCAAGAAAGCUUAGCACAGUUAAGAGAAAAUAAUAAUGCUUCACUAAGAAGUCAAAUGGAACUCAGAAUUAAAGAGCUGGAAUUUGAAUUAUCCAAAAUAAAAAAUUCUCAAGAUCUUACUAAAACAGAAUUGGAAAGAUACAAGCACCUCUACCUAGAAGAAGUAACACAUCGAAUGUCAUUGACAAAUGAACUGAACAAGACUAGUGAGAGGCUGGCGGAGAUCAGUACCAAUCUUCUGGUGGAGAAGCAGCAGAAGCAAACUUUGCUUGACACUAUUAAUAUGAGGCCAGCCCUUGAUCUGCCUUAUGGUAGAAAUGUUAAUAAUAAUAGUUCACUAUUCAAUAGAAAUGUUGCUCUAAGAGGAAAUGUGGUGAUUCGUACCUCAGACUCACGGCAUUCAAGUAAUGAUAUCGAUACUUUCUUGACCAAGCUUAGUUAUAUUAUCUUUCCUUUUUUUCCUUGGGUUUCAGAUUCCUGA